AUGGCGAGUGUUUUAGUAACCGGAGGUGGGCGUGGGCUUGGGCUCGGGCUUGUUCGUUUGCUGGCAACACUACCAGUAUCGACUAUCUCCAAGGUAUUCGUUACUACAAGAGGAAGCCCGUCGCAAGAUUUACGAAAAGUCAUCGAGACCGCUGGCGGACGAGUCAUUAAUGUCGAAUGCGAAGUUGUCGACGCGGCAAGCGUUAAGCGUGCCGCGGUUGAGGUGGAGGGGAAGCUUGGAGGCGAAGGGUUAGAUAUCUUGAUCAAUAACGUUGCUAUGAGCGGAAAUUAUCCACAAGGCAUUCGCAACAUGGCAGCCGAAGAAAUGCUACAGGAAUUCAACGUCAACGUCGCUUCAACACACAGGGUUACUGCUACAUUCAUUCCUUUGUUACAACAAGGAAAGCAAAAGAAGAUUGUCAUGAUAUCAUCAUCUGCAGGCUCAAUUGCAUGGGCAAACCGGUACUCCUUUUCGCCUUCAUAUGCAUACAAAAUCACAAAGUCUGCAAUGAACAUGAUGACGGUCCAAUACGCCAUUGAAUAUGAGAAGGAUGGAUUUACAUUUUUGACAAUAUCCCCCGGCUGGCUGAAAACUACCAUGGGUGGCGACAUGGCCGACCUUGACGUUGAGACGGGAGCCAAGGCAACAUGGGACAUUGUGAAUAAAGCUGAUGCAAGUUACAAUGGAAAAUUUUACAACAUACAUGUUCCAGGCUGGGAGCACAACGAAGGCGUAAACCAAUACGACGGACUGGAAAUCCCGUGGUAG